UUUUGGUUUUCUUUCCGGGGUUGUCUGUCUUCUCAAAAUGAUUAAAGUGCAUGCUAAAAAACCUAGCAGUUUAUAGAUUCAGAAGAGCAGCUAUGUCCUGUGAGUUUUAGCUCUCCUGAGGCUGUGUGUCUUCUGAAAUGACUUAAGGAAGCGGCUUCUUUAUCGUGUUUGUGGAAUUUAAAGAGAAUCAGCAGAAGAUGAUAGAACCACAGCUACUGACCGAGGUCCCUGCAGCACUUAAGCGGCUGGCCAAGCAGGUCGUGAGGGGUUUCUAUGGGGUGGAGCACGCCUUGGCCCUGGAUGUGCUGAUCCGCAACCCCUGUGUACGUGAGGAGGACAUGCUGGAGCUGCUCAAGUUUGACCGUAAACAGCUGCGCUCCGUACUCAACACUCUGAAAUCUGAUAAGUUUGUCAAGUGCCGCAUGAGAGUGGAGACGGCCCCUGAUGGCAAAACAACACGACACAACUACUAUUUCAUCAAUUACAGGGUGCUGGUAAAUGUGGUCAAGUAUAAAUUGGACCACAUGCGACGGCGCAUUGAGACAGAUGAGCGAGACUCCACCAACCGUGCUUCUUUCCGGUGUCCCUGCUGCUUCUCCACCUUCACCGACCUAGAGGCCAACCAGUUGUUUGACCCUAUGACAGGUACUUUUCGCUGCACCUUCUGCCAGACUGAGGUAGAAGAGGAUGAGUCUGUCUGUCCUGACGCCAGGACACCGGUGGCACGCUUCAAUGAGCAGAUUGAACCCAUCUACGCACUGCUACGCGAGACCGAAGAUGUCAACUUGUCCCAUGACCUGCUAGAGCCAGAGCCUACUGAGAUCCCUGCCCUCAAACAGAGCCGCGAACGUGCUGCAGCAUCUGCAGGAAACUCCGCAGGCGGCCCACACCGUGAAGCCUGGUCUAACAAAGGCUCGGCCUACGCUGACCUGUACACCCAGAAUGUGGUUAUCAGUAUGGAGGAGCAGGAAGACCAGCAGAAACAGGCCAACGAGGGCAAGGCACCUAAAGAGAGGCCCGUCUGGUUGACCCAGAGCACCGUGCAGGGGGCUUACAGCGAGCCUGACAUCCUCAAGAGCCGUGGAGACGUUGUACCCGGAGCCCAAGAUGGAGCAGCUGGUCUUGGAAUUGGUCAGUCAGAUGAAAAUGAGGAAGUGAUGCGUGCCCUGCUCAUCCAUGAGAAGAGGGGUGUGGCAGCAGCAGGUGGAGGCGGAGCAAGCGCCGCAGCCAAGGGGCUUACCUCCGCCACGGCUAAUGCCAGCGACUCAGAGAGCGACACCAGCGAAUCGGAUGACGACUCUCCUUCAGGUCCUCCCGCUGCCACAGCUACUAAGUAUCGGGGUGCUGAGGAGGAGGAGGAGGAGGAGGAUGAUGACUUUGAGGAAGUGGGAGAUGAGCCAAUGGUGAUGGUGGGAGGCCGGUCGUUCUCAUACCGAGAAGUGAGCCAGAGGCCAGAGCUAGUGGAGCAGAUGUCUGCACAGGAGAAGGAGGCCUACAUUGAAAUGGGACGAAACCUCUUCCAGGAUAUGUACUUCUGAAUACACACACAUACACACAAAUAUAUGCACAUGUAUUUACACACACACACACACACACACACAGCCAAACAAUUUGAUGGAUUGGCAUUUAAGUCCUGAAUAUAUACUUCUGUUGUCUCACGCUGUCAAUAUCGGAGGCAAAGUUUUUAAGAACAACUUUUCAAGAAGAAGAAGACGCUGCUCAAGAAGUAUUUACAGCCAGCUUUAUGCUCUUUCAUUAUAAGAACCAAUCACACUCUUCGACAGUGUUGUGUCACACUUUUAGUAUUCUGUCUCAAGUAUUUUCUAAACUCAACAACCAAGAAGGGAGCUAUCCAGCUGAAAUCUGUGCACUGAGUGCCAACUUGUUUUUUCUUACUGUUUUAUUUUCAUUUCAGCUGUAAGUUGAACUGUCUGUCUACACCAGUCUCGUUUCAGCCGCGUUUUCAGCCAUCCAUCUCUCACAUGUCUGACGAAACAGAUUUGCUUCAAUUUGAAUCAAUACAGCUGUCUACUUAGAAGUGUAUAUUUCUAUGCUUCAAGUCUGUUUCAUUCUGACUUAAGCUCAUGACUACAUUGAUGUGUUGGGCUGUGAGUGAUGCCGAGUGCGCAGCAGUACAGUGGCUGAACACAUGCAGUGUGACACUGACAGAUGACUGAAGCUGCUGCUGUGCUUCUUUCACUACACUGCCAGUGUAGAAAAGGUGGUAAACUGAAUAUCUUCUGUUUUUUUUUUUUUGUUUUUGUUUUUUUCUGAAAUAGGACCACAGACUGGAUUUAAAAUCUCAGGCAAAUGUGAAAUACAAAAACGAAGAUAUGGGUAAAUUGUUGUGGUUAACAGUAAAACAUUUGUUAUUCUGAGUAAUCUGUAAUAAAAGAUACUGCAGUAUCAACAA